AUGGGCCUCUUCCAAAACCUAAAGCCUAUGACCGUAUCCUUGUUCGUCAUUCUGGCAAUGACGACCAAGGCCUACUCGCAGAGCGAAGCCACUUCCUUCACGUAUGAUUUCUACGGCGACAAGACCACAACCCUAACCUACCAAGGCGACGCCUUCUUCCCAUCAGACUCGACCUUCCUCCGCCUGACAAAGACCGACGCCGCAGGGGUCCCAGAGAAGAAUUCUGUCGGCCGAGCCCUCUACACGGAACCGAUACUGUUCCGUGCAGAAGGGGCAGUAGCGUCAUUCGAAACCACCAUAGACUUUCAGAUCACCUCUAGGGAGGGCGACAAUAACCCGGCGGACGGGCUCGCGUUCUUCAUGGCGCCUGUUGGCUCCACCAUCCCCGCGGGCAGCUUCGGGGGCGGCUUGGGCGUGUACAACGUAUCGUGA